AUGGCCGAUUCGGACACCUACCUGCGGCAGCCCUGGCGCAUGGUGCACAACAUCCCCAUGGUCAGCACCUUCGCCCACAACUGGGAGGGGGUUGACACCUUCCAGAGCCGCCCUGAGGACAUUGUGGUGGUCACCUUCCCCAAAUCCAGCACCACCUGGGUCAGCAAGAUCAUGGACAUGAUCCUGAGUGGGCACCCCGAAAAAUGCAAACGGGAUGCCAUCGUCAACUGGUUGCCCAUGCUGGAGCUCUCCGCCUCUGGGAUGAUGCCGGCAGGCAUGGAGCAGCUGGAGGCCAUGGCAUCCACUCGCAUCAUCAAGACCCACAUCCUAGCUCACAUCUUGCCCAAAUCUUUCUGGGAAAACCGCUUCAAGCUGUGCGCAGAUGAUCUACAUGGGGCACAAUGUGCCGUCUCCUUCUACCACUUUGACCUGAUGAACAAGUUCCAGCCGCAUCCCGGGACGUGGGCCCAAUACCUGGAGGAGUUCAUGGCUGGCAGAGUGGCAUAUGGCUCCUGGUAUGACCAUGUCAAGGACUACUGGGAGCGGAGGAAAGAUCACCCCAUCCUCUACCUCUUCUACGAGGACUUGAAGGAGGUGAGGGACUGGGGUAGAUGGUGGUGUGGGGUCUGGGAUGAUCUACGGGGCACAACGUGCCGUCUCCUUCUACCACUUUGACCUGAUGAACAAGUUCCAGCCGCAUAUCGGGACGUGGGCCCAAUACCUGGAGGAGUUCAUGGCUGGCACACCACCACCAACUACAGCAUGGUGCCCUCCCACCUCAUGGACCAGGGCAUCUCCCCCUUCAUGCGCAAAGGCACCGCUGGAGACUGGAAGAACCACUUCACUGUGGCCCAGAGCGAGCGCUUUGACCAGGACUAUGCACAGAAGAUGUCGGGCACUGACCUGCGCUUCCGCACCCAGAUCUGA